AUGGUGCUAGUAACCUCCCCAGCUAGUCACCCGGUGCUAGUAACUUCCCCAACUAGUCACCCGGUGCUAGUAACCUCCCCAGCUAGUCACCCGGUGCUAGUAACGUCCCCAGCUAGUCGCAUGGUGCUAGUAACCUCCCCAGCUAGUCACCCGGUGCUAGUAACUUCCCCAACUAGUCACCCGGUGCUAGUAACUUCCCCAACUAGUCACCCGGUGCUAGUAACUUCCCCAACUAGUCACCCGGUGCUAGUAACUUCCCCAACUAGUCACCCGGUGCUAGUAACUUCCCCAACUAGUCACCCGGUGCUAGUAACCUCCCCAACUAGUCACCCGGUGCUAGUAACCUCCCAACUAGUCACCCGGUGCUAUCACCCGGUGCUAGUAACCUCCCCAACUAGUCACCCGGUGCUAGUAACUUCCCCAACUAGUCACCCGGUGCUAGUAACUUCCCCAACUAGUCACCCGGUGCUAGUAACUUCCCCAACUAGUCACCCGGUGCUAGUAACUUCCCCAACUAGUCACCCGGUGCUAGUAACCUCCCCAACUAGUCACCCGGUGCUAGUAACUUCCCCAACUAGUCACCCGGUGCUAGUAACUUCCCCAACUAGUCACCCGGUGCUAGUAACCUCCCCAACUAGUCACCCGGUGCUAGUAACUUCCCCAACUAGUCACCCGGUGCUAGUAACUUCCCCAACUAGUCACCCGGUGCUAGUAACCUUCCCAACUAGUCACCCGGUGCUAGUAACCUCCCCAACUAGUCACCCGGUGCUAGUAACCUCCCCAACUAGUCACCCGGUGCUAGUAACCUCCCCAACUAGUCACCCGGUGCUAGUAACUUCCCCAACUAGUCACCCGGUGCUAGUAACUUCCCCAACUAGUCACCCGGUGCUAGUAACCUUCCCAACUAGUCACCCGGUGCUAGUAACUUCCCCAACUAGUCACCCGGUGCUAGUAACGUCCCCAGCUAGUCACCCGGUGCUAGUAACCUCCCCAGCUAGUCACCCGGUGCUAGUAACCUUCCCAACUAGUCACCCGGUGCUAGUAACCUCCCCAGCUAGUCACCCGGUGCUAGUAACCUCCCCAGCUAGUCACCCGGUGCUAGUAACCUUCCCAGCUAGUCACCCGGUGCUAGUAACCUUCCCAGCUAGUCACCCGGUGCUAGUAACCUCCCCAACUAGUCACCCGGUGCUAGUAACCUCCCCAACUAGUCACCCGGUGCUAGUAACUUCCCCAACUAGUCACCCGGUGCUAGUAACCUUCCCAGCUAGUCACCCGGUGCUAGUAACCUCCCCAACUAGUCACCCGGUGCUAGUAACCUUCCCAACUAGUCACCCGGUGCUAGUAACCUCCCCAGCUAGUCACCCGGUGCUAGUAACCUCCCCAGCUAGUCACCCGGUGCUAGUAACCUUCCCAGCUAGUCACCCGGUGCUAGUAACCUUUCCAGCUAGUCACCCGGUGCUAGUAACCUCCCCAACUAGUCACCCGGUGCUAGUAACCUCCCCAACUAGUCACCCGGUGCUAGUAACCUUCCCAACUAGUCACCCGGUGCUAGUAAUCUUCCCAACUAGUCACCCGGUGCUAGUAACCUUCCCAGCUAGUCACCCGGUGCUAGUAACCUCCCCAACUAGUCACCCGGUGCUAGUAACCUUCCCAACUAGUCACCCGGUGCUAGUAACCUUCCCAACUAGUCACCCGGUGCUAGUAACCUCCCCAACUAGUCACCCGGUGCUAGUAACCUCCCCAACUAGUCACCCGGUGCUAGUAACCUCCCCAACUAGUCACCCGGUGCUAGUAACCUCCCCAACUAGUCACACGGUGCUAGUAACCUCCCCAACUAGUCACCCGGUGCUAGUAACUUCCCCAACUAGUCACCCGGUGCUAGUAACUUCCCCAACUAGUCACCCGGUGCUAGUAACCUCCCCAACUAGUCACCCGGUGCUAGUAACUUCCCCAACUAGUCACCCGGUGCUAGUAACUUCCCCAACUAGUCACCCGGUGCUAGUAACCUCCCCAACUAGUCACCCGGUGCUAGUAACCUCCCCAACUAGUCACCCGGUGCUAGUAACCUCCCCAACUAGUCACCCGGUGCUAGUAACCUCCCCAACUAGUCACCCGGUGCUAGUAACUUCCCCAACUAGUCACCCGGUGCUAGUAACUUCCCCAACUAGUCACCCGGUGCUAGUAACCUUCCCAACUAGUCACCCGGUGCUAGUAACUUCCCCAACUAGUCACCCGGUGCUAGUAACGUCCCCAGCUAGUCACCCGGUGCUAGUAACCUCCCCAGCUAGUCACCCGGUGCUAGUAACCUUCCCAACUAGUCACCCGGUGCUAGUAACGUCCCCAGCUAGUCACCCGGUGCUAGUAACCUCCCCAACUAGUCACCCGGUGCUAGUAACCUUCCCAGCUAGUCACCCGGUGCUAGUAACCUUCCCAGCUAGUCACCCGGUGCUAGUAACCUCCCCAACUAGUCACCCGGUGCUAGUAACCUCCCCAACUAGUCACCCGGUGCUAGUAACUUCCCCAACUAGUCACCCGGUGCUAGUAACCUUCCCAACUAGUCACCCGGUGCUAGUAACCUCCCCAGCUAGUCACCCGGUGCUAGUAACCUUCCCAACUAGUCACCCGGUGCUAGUAACCUCCCCAGCUAGUCACCCGGUGCUAGUAACCUCCCCAGCUAGUCACCCGGUGCUAGUAACCUCCCCAGCUAGUCACCCGGUGCUAGUAACCUUCCCAGCUAGUCACCCGGUGCUAGUAACCUCCCCAACUAGUCACCCGGUGCUAGUAACCUCCCCAACUAGUCACCCGGUGCUAGUAACCUUCCCAACUAGUCACCCGGUGCUAGUAAUCUUCCCAACUAGUCACCCGGUGCUAGUAAUCUUCCCAACUAGUCACCCGGUGCUAGUAACCUUCCCAACUAGUCACCCGGUGCUAGUAACCUUCCCAACUAGUCACCCGGUGCUAGUAACCUCCCCAACUAGUCACCCGGUGCUAGUAACCUCCCCAACUAGUCACCCGGUGCUAGUAACCUCCCCAACUAGUCACACGGUGCUAGUAACCUCCCCAACUAGUCACCCGGUGCUAGUAACCUCCCCAACUAGUCACCCGGUGCUAGUAACCUCCCCAAGUAGUCACACGGUGCUAGUAACCUCCCCAACUAGUCACCCGGUGCUAGUAACCUCCCCAACUAGUCACACGGUGCUAGUAACCUCCCCAACUAGUCACCCGGUGCUAGUAACUUCCCCAACUAGUCACCCGGUGCUAGUAAGCAGCAGCUGA